AUGAUGUCCACAGGACGGAUUAAGUACUACAAUUUCGAUAAAGGCUUCGGAUUUAUUGCGCAAGAUAGCAGUGAUGCGGAUGUUUUCUUGCACAGUUCUGCCAUUAAGCAUCCCGAAUAUGAAGAACUCCGCGUCGGGCAGCGAGUAAAAUAUAGUGUCGUCGAAGGUGAGAAAGGACUCGUUGCUCAAAACGUUGAAGUAUUAUUGACACCGACGGAACGCCGAUGGCUGCGGCAAGGGAAGGCGAUUAUCCCGCGCGGGUACGCUGGAUUCCCAGGUCAGAACCAAGGUCAAUUUAUCAGUGAUGAGGCAGUGCCUGCCCCUAAUUACGGAGCGGGCGAAUCAAAGCCGAUGCGAGGCCGUGAUAUCUCCGUGGCAUCCUCAAAACCCGCAUCGAAACUACCUAAUCAACCCACCUCAACAAAAGAUUCUGGCGAUGCAGAUGAACCCACACAAGACGGGCAAGAACAAGCUUCAAAGCAACUCAGCUUCGGUGACCUCUAUAUCCUCAAGCAGAUUAACUUUGAAACAUCAAUGUUCUUCGCGUUGUAUAACGCGAUACAACUUCCUGCUACUGUCCUUGAAAUGACACUUUCCAGUUUGACACUCAAUAGCAAUGGGAAGGAACAGCAGAUCGCUAAAACAGAUGUUAAAUAUUGCUACAAAGACUUUGACGCAGAGAAAGUUCAAGCAGCUGUUGAGAUUGAGGAAGAUGUCAAAGCGCAAGAGUUGACGCAAUUACCACCCGACGCACAGCUGUGUGAAGUUGAUACGGAAGCCGUGCGGCAUGCCCGCAAAAAUGGAACCGCAAUUGAGAUUACGCUCCGAGGCGGAGAAACCUUCCGUGGGACUGUAGACUGGGUGAGUCCUUAUGAAAUUAAACUCAUUUUAGAGAAUGGAGCAAAGGUCGUCAUCUUCCGACAUGCUGUCUACAACCUUUCCGUAGAUUAG